GUAUGGAGAGUGACAGGCUGGGAGAGUCUGAACAGCUCUGGCAAGACAGGACAUCUUGAUAUAUACAGAGGAAAUGACCCCUACUUCGCCAGGAAUGCCAGAGAUUGCUCCCCGAGCGAUAGGACAAUUUAUAGAAGUUCCGAGAGAUUUUUUCUGUAGAGGCCCAGAUGAACGAGGCAAGAGGCCUAGGGAUGUGCAAGAGGUGAAAACAGGCAUUGGCACAUCAGCUGACGAGCUUCAGGCGCAUCUUGCAUUUGCGCGGCGGUGGACUCUCCUUCCGACAGGGCCAAGCGUUAGGUGGCCACACAACCUUCUGGUAUCUUCAUGCUGCCCCAAAGGCCUGCGCAAUUCAGUGGCAUGGAGCCUGUCAGACUUUCGGCUGCAGAGGAAGAUUGGGGGUGGACAAAAUUCCACGGUGUACCAAGCUGUGCACUGCUCCUCAAAGACUGCAGUUGCAUUGAAAGUUUACACCAAAUGCACAUUGACUGCAGUGACUCGCAGACAGGUGCAACGUGAGAUUGAAAUCCAGGGGCGCCUUCAUCACGACCAUAUUGCAAAGCUGUACGGAGCCUUCGAGGAUGAGCAGAGCUUGGUGCUGAUCUUGGAAUUUGCCGCCAGGGGCGACCUGCUACGCCACAUCAGCCGCUCUGGUCCUUUGACAGGCGCAUGGUUAGUCGACAGUGUCUUGCGGCCGACUCUGCUGGCUCUGGAAUACCUGCACCAACAGGGCAUCGUCUUCAGGGAUCUCAAACCAGAGAAUCUGCUGGUGGUGUCUGGCGCCGUCAAACUGGCAGACUUUGGCACAGCAAUCGAUGUCCGCCUCGAGAGGCCCCUGUCUCGCCUGGGGACCCUGAACUACAUGGCGCCAGAGGUGCUGAGAUGCACAGACAGGGAGUGCCCUGACCUCACCUAUGGGGUGUCUGCUGAUGUCUGGGCGCUGGGAGCUAUGCUGUACGAGCUCCUGCUCGGCAGAACUCCCUUCCAUCACUCCGACGUCCUCGUCACCGUACAGAGAAUUGUGGAACGCGAGGUGGAGAUGGCAGGGAGCUCUGUGUCGGCAGCAGCGCAGGAUUUCAUCCUGCAGUGUCUGCGCAAGGAACCCCACCAGCGGCCCAGCAUAACAGACCUGCUGCGGCACCCUUGGAUGGAGGCUGCAGAGGAUGAUCAAGUCGGGGCAUGCAGCUCCUCGUCAGCAGUGCAAUCUUCAGUUGCCCUCCCUUCAGCUUCUGGCAUGCCCGCUGCCCACGAAGUUACACUUCCAGAGGCUCCUGAUAGGAAUAGGCGGAAGCGCGCAAGCAAGCUGCAGGCCUCACCGUCAUUGCGGCUUGGCCGACCAUCGCGCGCUCUGCAAGCAGCAAAUCAGCACGAGCAAGAUUUUGGCAGGACGAGAAGCAUGGAGCACCUGCCUGCGUAGAUGCCUUCCUGUAUGAUGAGGAUGAUUGAAGAGGACUGCCACUUGCGGCUGUAUGGCGUUAUUCUUGCAGAAGUGUGCAACAAUCUCGUCUUUCCUUGGUAGAAUUUAUGAAGGACUUGCAACCCGACUGGGGAGUGUUGGUACAUGCUCGAG